CGGCCCGGAACGGGAAGCUCUCCCGGCCCGGCCCCUCGCGAUGGCGGCGCCGGGCCCGGCGGGCGGCGUGGCCGGGCCGGAGGUGCCCGAGGCCGAGCGGCGAUUCCUGAGGCAGCACCCGCUGCUCAGCCCCGCGGGGCCCGGCAAGGUGAGAUGCAGGCUGACAGGACACGAGAUGCCCUGUCGGCUGUCGGAGCUGCAGGCUUAUACCAGCGGCAAGAAGUAUCAGCGGCUCAUAAAGACAGCCAAAGAGUUCGACUACGGCAAGUUUGAGCCCCACAUAGUGCCCAGCACAAAGAAUUUACACCAGCUGUUCUGCAAGCUCACCCUCAGACACAUCAACAAGUUCCCAGAGCAUGUCCUGCGUCAUAUCCAAGGGAAGCGCUACCAGAAGGCCCUUAAAACGUAUGAGGAAUGCCAGAGGGAAGGAGUGGAGUAUGUCCCUGCCUGCCUGCGACAGAAGAAGCAGCGGGCACAGCAUCCUGAUGACCAAAUGAAUGGGAGCAGAAAACCUCACAGGAAGGAGGAAUUCUGGGAGCCAAAGUCAAGUGACGAGGAUGGAGAGGAGACAGACGACAGCAUGAGUGACCUGUACCCACCUGCGCUCUUCCCAGAAAAAAGCCCAUCAGCUGCACAAACCACAAAGGGCAGCGAUGACUUUGCGACAGACAGUGAGGAUGACGGGGCCAAGAACGGAGAGGAUGGUGGAAGGAUGGAUGUCAGCAGAGCCGUGGGCAACAAGAGAGGAAAGAAACAGUCGGGCCCUUUAAAGAAGAAAUUCAAGAGCCAUCAUCGAAAACCCAAGAACUUCAAGAAGGCAACCAACGGGAAAUAAAUUUUAUGACAAAUACCUGGCCUGAAGCCUGUUGUGUAACAAUUCCAGGAGGAGCACAAGUGUUUGCCCAUUCCAGUUAACUGUUACAGGUGCAGAGGGGAGUAGUGGGGUGGAAUUAAGUUGUAUUCAAAGAGCUUCAAGCCACCCCCACACCAAGGGAAGGAUUUCUGCUGCAGUCAGGUGCAGACAGCUCAGCACUCAGAGCUCUUUACAGAAAGCUGGUUUUUGGUAGGCAGGAAAGCACAGCAGCCUCCUGACCAGCUCCUCCAGGGAGCCCAUCCAUGGAGCAUCACCAGCCACACACGCCAAGUGGAUACAAAGAUGCCAUCGUUUUAUUUUGAUUGUUUUCGAAAAUCAAAACAUUUUCAAACACAACUAAGGUACAAAAUACAGCAUAAAAUGAGAAUUUAUACUUAUUUCUUUUUUUUUUCCACGUAGAAAGCAAAAAUAUAUUCAGAAUGAAUUCCAGAACACUUUGCAGAGCCAAUUGGUAGCUGACAUCCUGCUUUGUCAGAGCUUCUCAGCCAUGGGGAGAGGUCACUGUAUUUCUGGGAGAUGCACAAGUACAGCAGCUUAUGUAGGAAACCAGAAUCUUCUGCAUCGGGGCUCACAGUUAGUAACUCUGAACAUUGUGCUGCCUAGAAGUAUCUGAUAAUGCCCUCCACCUAACUGUGCCCUUUGAGUAUUUAAGUAUUCCUGCUGCAAGGGACAGUAUCAGUUCCUUAUCUGGGGUCUUUCGUUGGAAAGGGGACUUGGUUUUCACAGAGGAAACUGGUCAGUAUUUCAGACUACUCUGUCAUCCAGCUCCUCAGUUAGACAGGACACAAGGAAGUUGAGAAAGCCAACUUAAGGGGCUACUUACAGGAGUAGUUUCUGUCAUUCCAUGUAUAAAUACUAUGAACAUCAACAGCAGUUCAGGUAUCUGAGAAUGGCUGCCUUGAUGGAGUCCAAAACCAUUACAAGACCUGCAGUGACACGAGUAAAAGCCUCCUGUGCUGCAGAUCUGCACUGGAAGGACUGGUUUGUUUAGCUAUGAAGAGUCAGGCACAGGGAACAGUUGAGGUGAAAACUUCUCUUGCAAAGAAAGCUGCCUGUGACCUGACCUUAAUGCUGAAUUCCCUUCCCAUCAAUUUGGACAUCAGGGGUUGGACUAGAUGAUCUGAGGUCCCUUCCAACCCUAACUGUUCUGUGACAGCAAUUGGCUUCCUCCAGCAGCAGCAGCACAUCUUGCCCUUACAUUGGCUAUUUUCCCCUUAAGAUGAUGAAAUCCCUGGUUUAACAUUCAACAGUGCUCUUCUAUUCUUCAUUAGUUCUCUCAGCCUACUUUUCUCUCCAAAAAAGCAACCGUAAAGCUGAACCGUCCAGCUGAGAGUCCCUACCAGGAGACUCCAGGAAACACCUCCCACUGGAGAUGUUCAGCUGAAUUCCUCCUUGAAAAACACACAGUUGAGCAUCUUCCUCAAGGGAGACAACAGUGCAAGGUAAUCAGUGUAAUGGUAGGAAGUUGGUGGGGCUCAUGCUGUCUAGAAUUCUUCCCCAGUCUAGUGAACGGGCUCACCUAGCUGACUAGCAGAGGACAAAAUGCCUCCUUGGAGCAGCACUAAGCAUGUUCAUGGCACAGAGGUCGUGGCACUGAGAGGCCAAACAGGGCCUUCAUCUCUGAGGAGUUCCUCCCUCUGAAGGUCCAUCCCUGGCUGCUUAUCCACUGCCCAGGCUUUGCACUUGGAUUCCUCGGCUGUAACCGUUUGCAGACAGAGUUGGGAACGGGGGCUAUGGCAGCACAAGGGCUACUUCCACAUUUCCUCCCUGCACAGCCCAGGGGUGGCUGAGAUGGCAGAGAGAAGGAGCUGUCAAGAGCUCAGCACCCUGGCUCUUCAGACAGCUGGGACUUUACAGCCAAGAGACUUGACAGAAGUGAAUCUAAGAAGCAAAGACUAUAGAUUAGAAUACUGACUGCUCUCAUCUGGCAUGUACUGAGUGCAGGGAAGAGGGGAGUUUCUGUAAUUCUGAAGACAUUUUCACCAAUAACCUGCAAUUCAGAUAUGAAUUUGGGACAUACAUGGAUGGGAGCUGGUUAACAGCAGAAAGGAGCCUUCAUUAUGGAACCUGCAGCACAAGUUGGCUCCCUGCUUGGGAAUUCAGGAGGGGCAACUUUGGGGAAAGAAUGCUGAAUAAAGAGCUCUUUUGGCACGGAAUUUUCACAGAAUCUAACAUUCUGUCUCUCCAGGAUUAUCUCCCCCACUUCCUUCCUGAAAUCUGAUCAGCAAUACAGGAUUCAUGAUUAACAAGACGGGAUUCUCCCUUGUUCCCCUCGUGGGCAGAACUGGGACGUGUUAGAAAACCUUCUCUCUUCUCUUACCUAUAAAGGGCUACAACUACUUUCAGUGUUUUCUUUUUGCCUUCUCUUUGGGGGGCAGGAAAGACCUACCUCUGUUGACAAAACAAAAGGGAAUUACAGGCCUCUGAGCAGCAAAACAAGAGUGUUUUUUUGUUUUCUGAUGCUGCUUUCCACCCUGGUAAGCAAUGCUAUAACCAGCAAUGGAACUCCUUAUGCACAAGACAGUGUGAUGAGGGCGAGAAAGGGGAUCCACUUUUUUAGUUAUAGCUAGAACCCAACAGCACACUGAAUGGUACAGCUGUAUCUGCUCACAGUUCUUCAAAUUUUAAGACACUGCUGACACUCAAGACAGCAACCGUUCUACUGCAACUCACUGAAGCAUCAGCAAGAUGCAGGUUCCUUAGGUUAGUUCCAAAUCUAGGAAGUUAGAAUAAGCCUAGGCAACAUUCCUUGGAGAAAUAGGGUUUUAUCUAUUAUAUUACUGGUGCCACAGUAAAUCAAAUUCAAAACAUCUGUGCCUUUAAUAGGAAGGGGGCAUGUACGUGUAAAAUGCUGGCAGUUUUUGUUGAAUCCAUAGAGAAUCAGUUCUGGACUUAAUACAUUAUGUCCCAAGAAGUGUUGCUAUUCCUGUUACCACUCUUUUUUCUUCUCAUCCAUGGAAACUCCACCGGGACCCAGUGCAACCACGAGGAGGAGCCCUCCAAUGACAGACAUGGUCUGGAAGAAGUCGUAUUUGAGGAAGUCGUGCAUGGGCUUGUAGGCUGGGACGGUCCAGAAGGCAUUGAAGUAGAUGUUGAUGCCAAACAGCCAGAUGACCAGAGUCAAGGCAGCCAGCUUAGUCUUGAAGCCAAUUGCCACCAAGAUAAUCAGGGCUGUGCCCACAAUGUUCUGCAGAAU